AAGCUUUUAUUUUGAAAGUUUUGACAAUAACUGUCAAAUCCGGAUCAAAAACUCUUCCUACCUAGCUGCUAGACUCUCAUUUUCUUCACUUUCAAGUUGGACAACUUCACCAUGGCGAACGAAGCGAAGCCGUGUCCCUGCGAUAUUGGGGAUCGAAUGGAGUAUGGAGGUCUUGGCCAGGAGGUCCAGAUCGAGCACUUUAAAGCAUAUGUCGUGAAGCCACCGGCAACAUCAGACAAGGCCAUCGUUGUCAUCCAAGACAUAUUUGGAUGGCAGCUUCCAAACACCAGAUACAUGGCUGAUAUGCUUGCUGCCAAUGGAUACGUGGCUGUUUGUCCUGACUUCUUCCUCGGAAAGGAGCCAUGGAGCCCAUCACAUGACUGGUCCACAUUUACGGAAUGGCGCAAAGAUAAAAAGCCGACCGACAUCAACAAAGAGGUGGACCUUGUGCUGCGUUUCUUGAAGGAACAAUGUGGCGCCAAACACAUUGGAGUAGUUGGCUUCUGUUGGGGAGGAAUUGCCACACAUUAUUUGGUCCUGCACAACCUGGAGGUGAAAGCUGGAGUGUCAUUUUACGGCAUCAUAGCAGAAGGAGAGGACAGGUAUGAUCUGAAGAGCCCGACCCUUUUUAUCUUUGGGGAGAAAGACCAUUUAAUACCCCCGGAUCAAGUGAGCGGUCUUGAAGCAAAGCUGAAGGAGAAAUGCACCGUGGAUUACCGGGUCAAGAUCUUUCCAGGGCAGAAUCACGGGUUUGCCCAUCGAAAGAGAGAGGACAUUAGCCCAGCAGAUAAGCCGAGAAUUGAGGAGGCCAGAACUGAUAUGAUUAACUGGCUGAACAAGUACAUUUAAAUCACUGCAAAGUGGAAAGUCAAAGUAUGUGCCUUUGAGGUGAAACCUUGAUGAGACGUGUAUGCCAGCAUAUCCACAAAUAUGCAAAAUGUUUUUUUGAGAAACAUUUCUCCCCAGUGGGGUUAAAAAAAAAUUGAUGAAAAUGGUGAAUGGAACCAACCACACACCUUUUUUAAUCCAAUCAAAAGUCUUAAAAAUGUACUGUAUACCAUCUCAAUUUUAUACAGAGUGAAUGAACAGUCCGAAUUGAGUUAAGAUGUCGGCGAAGACUAAAAGUCAAUUAAAAAAAGUGCCAACAUUGA